AUUAAAAAAAAAUCUGUCAAAUAAAUGCUAGUGUUUAAAAGUAAUGCAAUUUUUCUAAUUUUUCUACCACACAGAAUCAAACAACAUACAUUUUUAGUUAGCAGCUCCAGCAUUCCAACAUCAUAUUUUUUGAGAUUUUUUUGCUAUUAUCGACAUUAUGUUUGUAUUUUGGAGUGUUUUGACUGCCUGUUUCCUGGCUGCUUUUGCAGCUGAAGCACCAGGAGGAGAAAUGGACUCCCUUUGUAAAAAUGUUACUCAGUCCUUAGGCAAUGAUCUUGACAAAUGUGCAAAACUUGAUCCUCCAGCCGUAAAGGAAGCUCUUACUAAAUGCCAAACUAAGGUUCUUCCAGGUGUGGAUACCAAAGCUUAUCCUUUCUUAGUUGCAGCCUGCAAAGACAGAACUAUUUUUCAAAAGAUAAGUGAUUGCAUGUCUGAAAAUGCUGAAUCUAUGAAAGAUGUAGUGUUUGAUGAAGCAUCAACUAAAUGUUUUGAAGGAAUAACGAAAAAGUAUGGUUUAGAAGAUAUUGCAAUUUAAGUGUUCAACAUCUGAAGAAUAUUACCGAGAUUCUAUAAUUCAAUAGUAUGUUUAUACUAUUGUUAUGCUGUUGUUAAAUUGUUGUACAUAAAAUGUUAUUAUUAAAAAUUGAAAUUAUAUACAUUAUAA